AUUAUCAUUUCAUUGACCAGCACUUUGCUCAUUUUUCAUUUGGACGCGCAACGCACAAGCCAAGUGUCCACUACGCACCAACUCACUAACUCGCUAGACAUGCCGCCGCACCCUGACGACGUCUACAACGAGGUCUCCACGCCCAAGGCCGACGUCGCCUUCGACGAUGCCAACAAGGCCGCCGCGCUCCAGAUCAAGCCCAACCGCAUCCUCUACACGAGCGUGCUGCUGGCGCUGCUGCAGCCCUUCCAGAGCGGAUGGUCCACCUCGCAGCUCAACCUGUCCGACUACAACAACACGGACGAGUGCAACGCGCGGCCCGUCGUCCCGGGCACAUGCACGCUCUUCAGCGGCCACUCCAAGCUCGAGUGGACCUUCGCCGUGAACGCGUGGAUCUUCGGCGCCAUGUGCGGCAAAGCUGCUCUUCUUCAACUGCUUCUUCAUGUGGUCGGCGGCGCCGUCAUCCAGGCCGUCGUCUCCAACAUCUGGCCCUUCGCCGUCGACCGCAUGGUCUCCGGCAUCGCCUCGGGCGCCGCCACCGGCACCAUCGGCGCGUACGUGAACGAGCUGUCGCCGCCGCACCUGCGCAGCCACCUCGGCCUGGGCCUGCAGAUCUCCACCACCAUCGGCAUCUUGGUGCCGGCCAUCUGCUUCUUCUUCGCCGACAGCGGCGAUGGAUGGCGCUACAUGGCCGGCUUCCCCAUCGUGCUGGCCGCCAUCUACAUGUUGCUUUCGCCCUCGCUGGCCGUCGAGAGCCCCGCGUGGCUGCUCAUGAAGAACCGCCGCGAGGAGGCCAGGCAGGUCAUCACGCGUCUGUACGGCGAGGAGCACGUGCAGACCGCGCUGGGCUGGCUCGAGGCCAACAAGCAGCCGAGCGAGGCCGAGGCCGGAUACGCCGCCAGCUCGCAGCCGGCCGAGUCGAUCUGGUCGCCCAAGUACCGCCUGCAGUUCCUCGGCGCGCUCCUGCUGUCCUGCACGCAGCAGCUCUCGGGCAUCAACGCCGUCUUCUACUACUCAGGCAACAUCUUCUCGGACGCCGGCAUCUCGGACUCGCGCGUCGGCACGCUCAUCAUCGACUUCAUCAACAUCUGGCCGGCCUUCUUCACGGGCGUGCUGGCCACGCGCUUCGGCAACCGCAACAUGAUCCUCUGGGGCAUCGCCGGCAUGGUCGUCAUGUCCAUCGGCAUGACCGUCGCCUUCCUCGUGGACGUGUCGGCGCUCUCCAUCGUCUUCACGGCGCUCUACGUCAUCGUCUUCGGCGUCACGCUCGGGCCGCUCGUCUGGGUCAUGACGGCCGACAUGUUCCCGGACUCGGUGCGCGCCAGAGCCUCGUCCAUCUGCAUCGGCGCCAACUGGCUGUGCAACCUCAUCGUCGGCGUGGGCUACCCGUACCUGGCCGACGCCUUCGACGACUGGAGCUACACGCCCUUCACGGUGCUGCUCAUCAUCUUCUACUUCCUGUCGCUCAUGCUCGUGCCGGAGACGGCGGGAAAGACCAACGAGGAGAUCCAGGCAGAGUACGAGGAGCGCCGUCGCCGCUAA